CUUAGCUAUCCUAUCAUUUUACGUGUAGAAGGAUUAAAAGAUAUUUAUACACAGACAUAGAUUAGUGUCCUUAUCUUUCUGUCUUAAAGAUGUUAGCUGGGAAGGGUGCUAAAUAAGGAGGGGGUAGAAAGAAGAUGUCUUUCAUAAGAGAGCUUUGUAUAUUGAAAUUGCUUGGAACUUUUGGAGCGCGUAUUGAUAUUGAGAAUUUUUCUCUAGUUCCGAUAGCUGGAAUAGAUUUCCAAUAAGGGGAAAAUAAGAAGAAGAGGUGGCACUUUAGAAUGCCAGAGAGUGAAAUUAUAACUAGGGCUGGAUGUACUCUGUGGAGGUAACAUAGUACGGUAUUUUCCCUUGAUCUAAAAAUAAUAAUACUUGGUGUUUUUCCUUUUCCUUUGUAUAAGUAAAAGAUGAGCUGAAUGAAGUGGGAUAUGGCUAAGGUAUUCUAGACUCUAGAGCCCUUUGUGGAAAGUAAAAAGAGAAAAUUUACAGAAUAUGCUAAAUUCUUGUAGUGGCCUUUUAUUCUCCUCUCUUAUAUGUUCUCUUCUUAUGGGUGGUGCCAUGGUGGCUAGGUAUUUGAAUCAGAUUUCCGUAGCAUUUUUUGUUGUCAAUUGAUUGCGAGCCGUUAGAAGUUGAUCAUUUUAAAGUGUGAUACUGGAAAGUCUAAUUUGAAAUGAUAAUUGGUAGGGUUAACAUUUUUUGUCGGGCAGCUAAUUUUUUUGACAAAGUUAUAAUUUGAAUUUUGAAGAUAAUCAGGACUUUAGAUAGUUACCAUUAUUUACUGUAUUGCUGGAAAGAAAGGGGCUGAACAAGAAGACUCGGAACACUAUGCCACACAUCAUCUGGUGGACUAUUUGGCUGGAAUGAAACAGUAGAAAUUUUCAAGGCAAAAGGACAGACAUACGUAGCCUUAAACGCAGAUCCUGCUUUGAAAAUGGGGUCAGCCGUAUCUUCGACGCAACUGCCGGGCGGACUAUCAAAGGAGAGCACUUCAACAGCUAUAUCUUCAUCGCCACAGGGGGGUGAACUACCCAAGGAGAGCACUUCAACAGCCACAUGUUCAUCAGCUCCCGCUACGGUCCCUGCAGAUUCAAAGCCAAAGAAGAAGAUUUGUUGUGCUUGCCCAGAGACUAAGAAGGUAAGGGAUGAAUGCAUCGUGGAACAUGGUGAAUCCACUUGUGAGAAAUGGAUUGAGGCUCAUCGGCAAUGCCUUCGAGCUGAAGGCUUCAACGUCUGAAAUUGGUUAUAGAACUAAUUCUCCAAAAAAAGAUGAAAGCUUCUAUACUUAUGUAGAAUGUCCGCUUUGUGUUAACAUUACAAAAACCAGUUAGCUACAUUCUUACAGAUUAUUUGUACCAAACAUUUUUUUUAAGCGUAUUCAGAAUAAAGCAGGGGAUAGUUUUUCAGAAACAAUUGCUUUCUGGGCAGGAAAUAGAACAAAUGUUUUGGCUUCCCUUUUGUUGAGAGAACUUGGAAAGUGGACGUCCCAAUAGACUUUGAAGAUUAUGUAGAUUUGUGCUUUUCCUUU